CGACUCCUCCUUCCUGUCCUCUCUCUUCCUCUCAGUUGGCUCUGUGACUCCUUGCCGGGACGGUAUAACAGUAGCCUACAGAGCAGGGACCGGUGGUGGAUGGGGAAGGGCAGUAGCCGCAUCAGCAGCAGCAGUCGGGCACACCGACCGAAACAUGCUCCAGCGCAGCCAUGACUUGCUCGGCGUCAGAUAGCGAGAAGAUCGUAAUCAACUGCGGCGGGAUCCGACACGAGACCUACCGGAGCACCCUGAAGACGCUGCCGGGGACGCGCUUGUCUUGGCUGACCGAACCCGACGCCUACAGCAACUUCGACUACGACCCCAAGUCCGACGAGUUCUUCUUCGACCGCCACCCGGCCACCUUCGCCUUUAUCCUUAACUACUACCGUACCGGCAAGCUCCACUGCCCCAAUGAUGUGUGUGGGCCGCUCUUCGAAGAGGAGCUUGCCUUCUGGGGCAUCGAUGAGACGGAUGUGGAGGCGUGCUGCUGGAUGAACUACCGGCAGCACCGCGACGCCGAGGAAGCCCUGGACAGCUUCGAGCAACCCGAGCCGGACGCACCCGAAGAUGAUCCGGCGCUCACCGGCGGGGCGGACGGCGACCUGAAGCGGCUGUGCAUGCAGGAGGACGGCCGUAGGGCGACGUGGUGGGACGCGUGGCGACCUUUUAUGUGGGCGCUGUUCGAGGACCCCUACUCCUCCAAAUACGCCCGGUAUGUGGCGUUUGGCUCGCUCUUCUUCAUCCUCCUUUCCAUCUCCACCUUCUGCCUGGAGACCCAUCAAGCCUUCAACACCAUCUACAACAAAACAGAGAAUGUCACAAUUGGAAAUGUGACGCAUGAGGAGAUCGUUUAUGAGGUAGUCACAGAUGGCUGGCUGACAUAUGUUGAGGGCGUCUGCGUCAUUUGGUUCACCAUUGAGGUGAUGGCGCGUGUCAUCUUCUGCCCUGACAAGGCAGAGUUCUUCCGCAGCGCCCUUAACAUCAUAGACUUUGUGGCCAUCGUGCCCUUUUACCUAGAGGUGGCGCUGAGCGGCCUUUCCUCCAAAACAGCCAAAGACGUGCUGAGCUUCCUGCGUGUGGUGCGCUUUGUCCGUAUCCUGCGUAUAUUCAAGCUGACUCGCCACUUUGUUGGUUUACGGGUCCUGGGCCACACUCUGCGGGCGAGCACCAAUGAGUUCCUACUCCUUAUCAUCUUCCUGGCGCUGGGCGUCCUCAUCUUUGCUACCAUGAUCUACUAUGCCGAACGUAUCGGUGCCGACCCAGAUGAUCCGACAGCUGCGGCCCACACCAACUUUAAGAAUAUCCCCAUCGGGUUCUGGUGGGCUGUGGUGACCAUGACCACGCUGGGCUAUGGGGAUAUGUACCCUGAGACAUGGUCAGGAAUGCUGGUGGGUGCCCUCUGCGCCUUGGCUGGUGUGCUGACCAUCGCCAUGCCUGUGCCCGUCAUCGUCAACAACUUCGGCAUGUACUACUCCCUUGCCAUGGCAAAGCAGAAGCUCCCUAAGAAAAGGAACAAGCACAUCCCCCGAGCGCCACAGCCCGGCAGCCCAAACUACUGCAAGCCAGAUGCCCUGGCCAUGGCAACCGCCUCGCCACACAGGCUGAUGGGCAAUGUGCUUGGGCCAGGCAUGGUGGGAUCAGGCAGCAUGAUGGGUACUGGAGACUGCCCACUGGCACAGGAGGAGAUCAUCGAGAUCAACAGGGCAGAUUCCAAGCAGAAUGGUGAUGCAGCAGCUAAUGCAGCCCUGGCCAAUGAGGACUGCCCCACCAUUGACCAGGUCCUUGGGGACGAGCGUAGCCCGGCCACCGGGGGCCUUGGCUCCACGACCAGCCGUGAGCGCUACCCGCAUGACCGGGCCUGCUUCCUGCUGAGCGCCGGGGAGUUCCAGCGCACGACAGACGGGAACGUUCGGAAAGCCACGGGUUAUGAGAAGUCACGCAGCCUCAAUAAUAUCUCUGGGAUGACGGGCGCCCCGCUGCGCCUCACCCCCAUUACCAACUCCACCUUUGAACCCUUCGAGCCGCCUGGCCUCAGGCGAUGUCACUCCCCCAUUCCCUCCAUCUUGUAGCAUAGCUGACAGGAAACACAAACAACGAAAUGUCACAAACAACAGCAACAAUAAAAUAUAAAAUGUUUUUUUCUUCUUCUGGGGAACAUGCAAAGAAACAAAAAUCAUCAACAUGGAAGGAGUGUCUCGUGGACAUUUGAUUCAUCCCAGCUGCUCUUUCAUUACCAUUACUCACAUGUUUUCCUCUAGAUUGGAAGAGCAAGAAGGAAUUAGAGCUCUUCUAGACACUAGAGGUUCCUAUUUUAAACCCACAAAAUAGCUAAAUCUUACUGAUCAAGCUGACAUAGACGCUUAAGCAAAUGUAUUUUAAAAUACACAAACACACACUAACACACAUGCCUUACUAACAGGGAUAGAGUCUAGGUUAGUUUAGACUGACAUGAUAGUUGAGUUAGUUUACCUCUAGUGUUCCCUGUGCUACAUCUUGCCUGUAUCUUGACACUGCACUUGCACUUCAAUGCUUUAAGAUUUAAGAGUAGCUAUGAAUAAGAGACUUUUCUGAUAUUAAUCCUCAGAAUGCACACAUUCACACACACACACACACACACACACACACACACAUGCGCGCGCGCACACAUGCACACACACACACACACACACACACACACACACACACAUAAACACUAACAUAUUACUGUAGUAUGCAUGUUUUACCCAUAAGAAUCUCCAGAAUAAGAACAUACGGCAACCUUCGAGUAGAUUGAAAAAAAUAGUUUUUUGUAUACUUAAAGUCAAAAUCAUAUCUCUGAAAAGGAAGUACCCCAAACUGUUGCACCUCGACACCUUUAAAAAAAUGCCAUGUGGGCUGUAGAUGUUCAAUUAUUUUUGUUACAUUGAGACAACCACAACAACCUCUGUUAUACACUUAGUUUGUUCUCAGUGUAUCCCUUGAGAACGGGGAGAGAGGAGAGAAUGACUUCCAAUAGAUUCUACAUCACCUGCAAAACCAACUUAUGAAAGCAGUAGCAUCCCCUCCUCUUUUUACCCCUGCUUCCUGCUCAGGCCUCAGACUCAGACCCUAAACACUCUGCUAACAACCAGCACAGGAUGUCCUGCAGGACUUACAGUAAAAAUGAUUUGUGUAUAUCGUGGCAGAAGGGAAACAGGUGUAAAUGUCAGGGUGGCAUGCAGGUCAUAGGACAGUGUUUCCCAACCUGGAACUCCUGAGUUGCAAAAAAACCCAGCAGUUGAGAUAUGUUUAAAAAGAAAUGGAAUUAAGUUUCAUAAAAAAAAAACUUUUUUUUUUCUCCUUGUGAAUUACUGGAUAACUGUUCCUCUCCAGGCCCCUGACAAAGUAUUCAGAUAAAUUAAUCUGAGAAGCAACAGUCCCUCUUUGGGAGAGAGGGGACAUACUGUAAAUUCUCAGAUAGUAAACUUUAUUUACACAUAGACUACUAUGUGAAUAAGGCUACUUUUAAAGGCAUGCCUUUAUUACCCCUGUUUCAAGUAUUUUGAUCAUAUUUUAGUAAGAAGCUUUAGAGGUUUUUGAUCAGUUCCUAUUUUAAUUAGCUGCUGCUGAUGCAAAGUCUAAGUCAAAGUUCAUAUUUAUACGGAGGAAGCUCCAUAUGAUAAUACACAUUUCAGGAUAAUGUACAUUUAAUGUUUCCUUAGUGGAAUUGUAUUAUGCUGAAUUAACCAUGCAAGCCACCAUUGUACAUGCAGUUACUACCCCACUCAAGUCAGGUUUCCAUCCAAAUGUAGCAUGGAUUUUUCCUGAAAAUUGGCAAAAUAAAAUGUGAAUUAAUGUGCGUUUCCAUCCACUACUGUAUACGAAUAAUCGUAGUUGGUUCAUCAAGAUAAAGAGUUUGUGACGCUAAUUCUCCAGUUGGGUUUGUUUCCUGUUUUAAUGUAUUUUGAUUUAUGUUUUAAUGUUAGGAAGGUUACAGUCUCCUCAUGGCUCCACACAGAUCUGAUGUUUUCAUCUCUUCAGUGGAAGCUUGAGUGACAGAUAUAACACAUAUGCUUCAUGUACAUCAUGAUUUAUUCGCUAAGUCUGUUUCCAUUGCACUUCGCCACAUUUCAAUUUUCAUCUAUACACCGACUUUUCCUUCCAGCCAAGAAUAAACACUUUUUUGUGAUAUUUCUUCUUUUUUUUCUUCAAAAACAGGUGGAUGGAAACACACUUUUAGUCUUUUACCCAACUUAGGGGCAGGCCUUCAUUUAGUUGUGCCACACAUGCCUGGCUGUUAUUUGGCCAGGAUUUUAGAAAUACUGAGGUAUGUAUUGAAGGUAUUAGUUGAACACUCCCACUUCCACCAAGGGAUUUUGGCCAAAAAUGAACUAUAUUGAAUAUUUUUAUUUUUUUAAUUAAAUUAUUCAUUCAAUUGUAAAGUCUGUAAAUGUUAUUUUCCAGCGUGAGAUGAACACAUUUCACAGGCCACUCCAAUCUGCUAUAAAUAAACUAGGAAAUGCAAAAUACUUUGGUUAUUAAACGUAUUGACCUAAAAGUAGUAACAAUUCAAUAUAUUUAUUCCACAAAAUGGAAUGGAAUCAGCCUAUAUAAUCAGUAUAUUUAUCCACCAAGUGUUUAUCUGCAUAAUGUAAAUGUAACCCUUUUGCCAAGAAUCGUAAUUGCCAGAAUAAACAUAGAGGACACAACCACAGUGUCCUCUGUCUUAGCUACUGUAUGGGCCUGAUUUGGGAAUUUAGUAUCUUUGUUUCAAAGGGUCACAAGCUGAAAAGGUUGGGAAUCACUGUCAAAUGGGGAUUAUGGGAUGCUAGGGGAUCAGCGUUGGUAUUAGCUGAGUCGUCACUCGAUUCUGCAGAGCUGGGGCAUGAAACAUAUUUCGUAAAAUAAAUAGACAAAAUCAUCUAUAUAAAAAAAAACUGUAGGUGAACAUAGAUAAACUUUGAGCUUUAGCCUCACAAAGACCUCCACCGUAUAUGUCGUGGAAACUGGAGCAGUAGGGUCUGAUAUUUACAACACCAUCACUCCUCACCUGCUCUCCAUGUCCUCUCACCUGGGCUCUCAGCAAAAGGCUGAGCUGCAAAAUCCGAAGAAAGGGAUGAUCACUUCUCAUUUCUUUUUUGUGCUUUGUGUGUGUCAAUAUUGUUUAAAGGAACUGUACCAAGACAGUUUAGCCUAUUUGCUUUCAUUUCAAGAGUAAGAUGACAAGUUUGAUAUCACUCUAAUGUCUGUGGGUUAAGUACUUAGCUGGAGUCAGUAUGCGGUUAGCCUAGCUUAGCAUAAAGACUGGAAGCCAAGCGAAACACCUAGCCAGCCGCUCUGUCCAAAAUAAAUAAGUAAAUCUGACUAAUUAACACGGGGUAUGUUGUCUUUUUAAACAGCAAACAGAAAUGUAAAGCCAAAGGACAAUUAGUGGUUUUCGGUGGUGUUAACAUGGUGAAAGUUCUGAAGAACAACAGCUGGGUGCAGUGACUGUUCCACUUUCCAUGGUCUUGUCACAUUGAGGUUGCCAGGUUUACUUCCAUCAUAUCACAGAGCUCACCAACCUUAUCAUUUGGCAACCUGGAUGUAUAAACAGUUGUUUAUCAAGACAUAGCUCCGACACAUAACUCACUUUAAAACCGCAGAGAGUCCAUUUCUGCAUUUCUAUUUGUGUAUAGGCUAGCUGUUUCCCCUUGCUUCCAGUCUUUAUGCUAAGCUAGGCUAACCACAUCCUGACUUCAGCUCCAUUCUUAACACACAGACAGAAGAUUGACUUUCAUCUUCUCAUGACAUUCUCGCAAAGAAAGCAAAUUAGCAUAUUUACAGAAUUGUUGAACUAUUCCUUUAGAUGGCGGGGGAAUUGGCUUUGUCUUUAUGUGGAGAUGAUUGCAGCUCAGCCUGAGUGUGAGAAGCGUGGUUUUCCUCAAGUCUGAGUUCAUCCCGCCACCACCACCACCACCACCGCCAACAGCGUUACUACUUGCACUGACUCCAGUGUGACUCAGCAGCCAAUGGCAAUAUUUUUAGUUUUUGGCUUCUCUUUCUUUCCCUGUUUUGCCCCUCCUGAACCCCCCAACCCCAACCAAUCCCCCCCUUCCCUUCUGUCCGUCCACCUCCUCUUUGUAUCGGCUGCGGCUGCUCAGUAGGUGGCACUGUGAACGGCUACUGGAGCGACAGCCCGUGGUAGAAGAAGAGCGGACGACAAAUGCCACAAGGGAAGAAGAGAGAGAACUGAACUGAAAUGACAACAGACACAGCAUACUAACAUAGAAAUAUGCAAUGUAGAUACAUGAAACAGCGGUGGUUGGAUCUGUGUGUUUCUGUUUAGUUAUGUUGUAACUGCUGCACACAUGAGUGUGCAUGUGGAUGUUUGUGUGUGCAUGUGUGUUUCUGCAUCUACCUCUGAACUAAGAUGCACAAAUAUGAACCUGGAAAAUACAUUUUCCUUUCUUUUUGCUUCUGCAAGAUUGAAAGUAAGACAUCAUUUUUUCACUUUAGUUUUGUUAUUUUAUAUUAGCAAUCUGUGUGUUACUGUGACUUUUUUUUUUUAGUAAUUUAAGUAAGUAAGUUUUUUUUUCUUCCAAAAUAUAAAAGUUUUUUCCUUUUUUUUACUGGAAUUUUUUGAUGUUGCAGACAUUUCAUUGAUUUCAUGACAAUGCCAUACUUAUUAAUUGUUUUAGACAGUAAUUAUGUGUCUGUUGGCUAAGUUUUAUACAGUAUCUGUUUAAAUCUCUAGUCCUCAUCUCUCGCUUUCACCUUCCCUCUCUUCCACCACAAAGUAACAGAGAGCUUUCAGCCGGCAGGAAAUCAUUCCUUUUGAUUUGCAUUAGAUUCCCAAGAUCACUUACCACCCAGUUAACAUAGACUCUGUUUAGGCAAGACUAUCCUUAAAAAAAGAAACAUUUAAAGGUGCAGAGGAAGUUUAUAAAGUACUGUUUGUCCUAUAAGGAUACCUAAGGAAUGUUUCUGUGCUCUGAGGUAUCUCCUUCCUGUUACUGUUUUACAUUCAAGCUGGUAGUGCUUAGAAGGUGAGAGCACCAAAUGAGGAGACUUUGUCUGAGGAGCAUAUGAUUGUUUAUUUAAAAAAUUAGCUCGGCAUUGUGGGAAAAAUACUUUCUUUUGAGCUACAUUUGGAGCUAUAGUAGCAAAGCAUUUAACCUAACUUAGAUUUAAGACUGGAAGAAGGGGGGAAUAGCUAACCUGGCUCUGUCCAAUGCAAAAAAUACACGCUCAUCUCAUUUGUUAAACAUGGACAGAACAAAAACUAAAAAUGAGGAAGCUCACAGUGAAGACAAGGAAGCUACUUCCAUCACAACUCCUGUAAAACCCACAUUUUUACAAUUUACAACUUUUUGUGUACAGAUUAAACAAGAGAUUUUUCAUCAUCAUUGUGUUAAUUAGUAGGCUUUACAGGUGUUCAUUUUCAAAUUUUUGGACAUUUUAGAUCCAGGCUAGCUGUUCCCUCUGCCUCCAGUCUUUACGCCAAGCUAACGUAAUUGCCCCCUGGUUCUAGCUCUGUACUGCACAGGCAUGAGAUUUAUAUUGAUUCCUCAUCUUACUCUCGAUAAAAAAGUGAAUUAGCGUAUUUUCCCGAAAUGUCAAGCUACUCUUUAACCUUAUGUGACCCUGAUUCUGGGUCAUGCAGGGUUCUUGUUUCCUGUUUAGCCUAGUUUGAAUCCACUGGAAGUUCAGGAUUAAAUUCCCAGUUGGCAAAUCAUUUUAAACCCCAAUCCUAUUAGACAUGCAGACCAGGCACACACACACACACACACACACACACACACACACACACACACACACACACUCUCCAAUCUCUCUACUGAACCUGUCUAUAGUUCUCAACAUUUCAUCCUCUCCUCAUCUUCCUCUCCCUUCCCAAUGUCCACUUGUUGUGAGUGUGUCUGUAACUUUCACUGAGGCCACUGCUGAUUGGUCGCUUUUGUCAUGAUAAUGUACAUAUGUAAAGGUUGCGUUGUAUUUGAAUCUGCAUGGGUUUCCAUUGCAAGCAAUAAGGAUACUGAUAUGACUAAUAAUGUGAGGAGGUUUGAUAAGCUUUUAGUCUCAAGCUUAAUGAAUGUGUAUAUACCAUUUAGACAUGUAAGAGUGUGUAUGGAUGUGUGUGUUAAGAUGCAUACAUAUGCACUAACAAAGCAUGCAGGACAAAAAAUGUUCACCUCUUUGAAUGCGAAAGAGGUGGGAUGGGCUGACAUUAUGCAUGCCAAAAUGCUAUGAUGCUAUUGGUCAGAAGAGACCAAGUUAGGUACUGUAAUGGAGCUGGGUGGGGGUGGGAAAGUUUAUUUUUGCAGGACAGGGAGGGGUUAUAUUUCUAGUAGGUCUUGUAUAGCUGCUUUCUUAUCGAACUUGAAAGACUUAUGAUAAGAGAAACAUAUUAACAAUCGAAGCUUAUGAUUUUCUUCUUUUUUUGCUUCUCUUUUCACAGAGAACUGUUCUGAAAGCCCUGCGCUUAUCAGAUAUAUGCAAAAAGAAGCAGUAACUGUGAACUAAUGCUAAGACAUGAAAAAACAAAUCCAGCUUCUUCCAUCAUUGUCUCAACUCCUCUUCUUCAAGAGAGAGAAGAGACCAUUCUCCUCCCAAGAUACCUCCUCACCAAAAUUUCCCUAUCCAUCUAUAUUCAUCUGCUUCUUCAUUAUCUGUCUGUGAUUCAUCCAGCCCAUGUCAUGUUUCUUUUCCUUCUGUCCACUUCUAUUCUCUACACUUGCAUUUAAACUGCAGUGAGUUCAAAAGGAUACCUCUGCAAUGUGAGAAUGCAAUGAUUCAAUACAAGCUCCCACAAAGGAUGAGUAUCAGGGCCAAAUUUGCCGGCCAGGGGGGCCUCGGGGAAAACUGAGCUGCCGGCCCCUUUUGAGCAUAUCCCGUUUCUCUGUGUUAGUUUGAUUAAAUUCAAGAAUCCUUAUCCUUUUCCGUUAUAAACCUGAAAUAUUUCCAUCAAAGCAGAAUAUAACUCAUGUGGCUUUUCUAUCAGUCGCAUCAUCAUGACAACCAGUGACAGCGGUAAGUCUUAGCUGCUUUUUUUCUGUAACUCUAAAAACCAUACUAUAAAUGGACUUGAAGAACCUUGCCAGCCUAGCAACAUUAAGGCUACAAACAACCCAUUAUGCAACACUCUCUGGGAACCUGCAAUACUCUCUCUAUUCAAAAAAUAAAUCUGAUGUUAUGAAUAUGUGUGUAUGAAUGUCUAGUCCUCGAAUAUAAUGUGACCCCCACUUUUUCAAACGUAAUGUCUUGUGUUAUAUUUUGGCCAAUUCAUUUUCAGCUGCAAAAUCAGCUAAAAAUGCCCCAGGGAAUGGUAUCAUUACUUCCUUUGUUGAAACAAGUCAUUAAGUGUAGACCAUUGUUAGUUAGUUAUGCAAUCAAAGGCAGAUUGAUUGGACAGAACGGUCAAAAAGGCGAGAUCAUUGAAAACAUUUUAAUGACUUUAUUGUUGCGGACAUUGCACACACCCGCAAGAGAGAUGGCAGACAGUGUUAUGCAGGGAAUAUGCUGAGAGAAAGAAAAACUGUUGGUAUUGGACGUAACCCAAGGUUUUGGGUUUUGCAGGAUCAAUGUUCUUUUCCAGUGAUUUAUUGUAAUACCAAACAAAUUGGUAUUUUAUUCUUUUAUUUUUUUACCCCAAAAGAUCUUUGAAGAAGUUGCAUUGAAUAUCCAGUUGGAAACCACACUGCAGAGGCACCCUUCAAAAUUCAAACAUGUUUUUGAUUUAAAUUUCUUAAGCUUCUGCCCUUUGUUGCCAACGUUUCUCUUCUUCCCAUUCACAACUCAGGUAUCUCUUUCUCAAUCUGUUCCUCUAUGCCCCCCGUGUUUCUGUUCGCCCAUGUUUCCUCAAAGAUGUACUGUAUGUAUGAAAAAUGGAGACAUAACAAAAACAGUAGAGUGCUCCUCUCUUUUCUGUCCCUGUGAAUGCCAUGUGCUCGGUUUGGUGGCUCUUGCCCCACUCCUUCAAAAAUGCUAUUUUUUUGUUUUGCUUUCCUUGUCCAACUGUGCUUCCUGUCUUCUCCUUGUGUCGUUUCCUUGUCUUUCCACCCUCUUUCAAUAACUGUGUCCCUCUUUCUGUGAGACUUUACCCCAAUGCACCAUCCAACCCCCCACCCUGAAGUCUCUCACAGCAAAAACCAAAAAGGAAUUGAGUAAAAUUGGCGUACCUUUGCACCUACAAAAAAAAGGCCAAACACUGGAUUUCACCAAGGAGGAAGACAGGAACGGACAUUUAAAUGAAUGAAAAAUGCUGCAGUGAUAUAUUGUAAAUGGGGAGGAGGGGAAAAUGUGCUAUGAAAUGAUUUGUCGUGAGUGGAUUGUCAGCCAAGCAGCAUCAGAGGGAGGAGAUGGAGGAGGAAAAGUUUGGGGAAGACAAAAGUGUGGUGGAGGAGGAGGAGGAGGAGGAUGAAAGAAGCAAAAUCACUUCUCCAUUGCUGAGUUUCUAAACCCACUCUCUCUACAAGAAGAGGAAAACAAUAAACUUUGAAACCGCUGCUCCUCCAUCUCCCCCAAUGGGAUUCACUGUAGAAAACGGAAGGAGAUAGAGAGAAAGAGAAAAAAAGAAGAUCAGUGGCAGAAAUCAUCACCGUUUCUGAGGCUCUGACAGAAAAACGUUAUCAUCCGUGUGGCACAUUCAUAUGCAAACUCGCUCACAAUCCCAAUGAAGAAAAUGGUUGAGAUCACAUAUAAGCUAUUUUAAGAUGGGAGAGAAAACAUUUCCACCUCUUUUGAACUGAUUUUCAGAGCAAACCACAGCAUGGAUGCUCCCAGCGUAGCGGCCAAAAGGCCUACUGUCAGACUUGGAUUAGAAACCAUGUAACAAUGCCCUCUGUUUUAGUUGUGUUGUUGCAUUACUCUUUUUAUUUCAAGAAGCUGCAUUCACAACUGUUGAUUUCCAGUGGAUGUACCAUUAUUUUGGCACUCAAAGCACUAUGCAAUGUGAGGGGUGGUGCAUUGCGAUGUCUAACGGCUCUGGCAGAUUCAGCGUUGGCGCUGGGCUGCCCAGGCUGGGCUGCCCUGCUGAUCUCUGCUGAUCUCUGCUGAGCUACAGGACCUCUAACGGCAGGCUGAAAUCUACUCAUACAUAUCAGAAAACAUCAGCCAUAUCACAUCUAUAUUGACAUGAUCCUGAUCAAUCUUCCAGGAGCCAGUUCACAUCUUGGGACUGAGAUCUCAGCAAAUGUCAAAGAGACAGUUUUCAACCACCUUGUGAUGGAAUUAACCCAAAGACACAUGGAUCGACGUACCAGUUGGGGUGAACAGAAGCCCUCACAGACAAGAAACUAGCUGUAACAUCUGCUAAAGAAAAGGAGGUGUCACUGAAAAGGAAGCUUUCUCUCUUUCUCACUCUCUCUUUCCCUCUCAAGUGUUUACGGUAUUUCGACGCCCCCCUCCCUGCAUCUCAGCAUCGCUGCUGCUCCAUCUUUUUAACAAAACUGCAUGGCAUGAAUGAAACCAAUUAACACCCGAUGAAAGACAGUCAAAGACACAAUGGAUGGAUUAAAAAAAGGGGGGAGAGAGAAUGGAAAGAGUCUAUGAGAGAGACUAAAAAAUUUCUUUUUUCCACGCAGCAAUGUCAAUGCAAAGUCAUCAUCAUCCAAGCUACUUUUAACCCCCCAAACUGGCUGCAGAACAGCAUCUCCUGCAGUGAACUGCUCUCUCAGAAGGCAUAAUUGAGGAGGAGGAUCUCCCUCCCCCUCUGAGGUAAAGAGGGAGGGUGGAAGGAGAUUCUGCAGACCAUACACUCUAUAUUUCUGGGGCUGUGGGUCAAGAAGAUAGAGGCAUUUUACAGAAAGCAGGUAUUCAGCAGGAGCGGGAGAACAUCUUUGAGAAACUAUUUUAGGACAAAAAAAUGGCAACGAUUGCAAAUAAGAAAUGCAUUUUUACCAGCAUGAAUAUUCUGCAUGACUUCUGCAAGCCAUUCUGAUCUCCCCCAUGAAUAACAGGGCUAGAAAUUGAGAAUUUAAACAUGAAAAUUUAACCAAGAUUAUGUUAUAUGCAACCAAUUAAAAAAUGUAGGAUUGUGUUUCAAAAAAGAUUUCCUCAAUUUUAUUUUUAAUGAUAAAACACAAAUAAUUAAGAAAAAAAGGGUUGCUACAUCUACCGUUUUGUUUUCUCUAAGAAAUCUUAGGAGACCCCCAACCCCCCCAACCCACUAAAAUCCAAGAAGAUCCCAACUUCUGCAACUAUUUAUUCUGCUGCUACAAGUUUGUCUACUACUACUUCAACUUCUCACCUGGCUGCUACUCUGCUUCUUCUUCCUCCACUCAGAGAUGUCAUUGAUUUAGUGUAUUUGAAUUGAAACUGUCUGUUGUCCCAUUCUUUGGAACUUUUUCUUGACCUUGAUCUCCAAGGCAACACCACACUUUGCAGUCUGGAAUCAAGGAUAAGUCAGGAAAGGUACAGGUGAAGUUGGUUACCCACACAAUGAUCCAGGCAGCGCUGAAUAGGUACAAGGUGACUGCCUCAUCAUCCAGGCAAGUUAUUCCACUAUCUUAGAUUUAUUUCUGAGGAGAAUAUAUGGUUUUGUUUUCCCCAAGAGCAAUUGCUUUUUUAUAGUUUGCUUUUGGAGUCCCUUCUGUGUUAUCAUUUAGGGUUAGGGGUUAGAAUUAAUUAAUGUUUUAUGGGGUUAGGGUUGAAAUUAUGAAUUUAUACAAUAUGUACCACUGGAGUAUCAACAAACACAGGGCCGUAGCCAGGAUUUCAGAAAUACCAAAGUCCAAAUCCCCUCAACUCAACCAUACCCACCUAAAACAUUUGUAGGCCACCAAAAUUCUGUGAGAUUUUUCAACUCUAAAAAAGAGACAAAUCCCACAUUUUAUGUAGCCUAUCAUUUAACUUUUUGUAAUUCAAAUUAAAUUAAAUGUUACAGCAAAAUAUUAUUGUCUGAUGUUGGGUAAAAAAAUGUCUUUUUUGUCUGAAAACAAUCGAAAACAAAAACAAAUAACCCCACGCAAUAUAUUCAGACAAACUGUUUAUCUGCAUGUAUUUUGCCUGAUGAAGGUCUGAAGACGAUACGUUGUGUUCAUAAAGUGAGUUGGACAGUGUACGGGAUUUUCUUUGGUUUUGAUCCUGCACACUUGCCACUAAGACUUUAUUGGUGUGCAAGAACCUUGUUGAAAUUACGGCCUAAAAAAAAUCUAAUUUAGACAAAAAAUAUCAGAAUCAGCCUCAUAAAAAAACGUGUAAUCAUAGACUGUAAACUAAUUUCAUCAUUUCAUGUCAAAUACAAACAACAUGACCUCUGUGGUCUCAAUGGUAGCCAUGGACCUGACCAAAGGAAAGACAAUAUGUGGUUCAGUGGAAACAUCCCACUUCAAAACACCAACAAAACACAACAAAAAAAGAGAAAGUGUAGCUUUUUCAUGGUGCUUUGAGACAACAUAAGAGCAGAAGAGGCACACAUGUACCAUGUACAGCUCAUUUAUCAGACCACCAUUAAUGGAUUAUGAGCAGCUCCUGAUGGUGGUGGUUCCCCUAUGGUGAGAGGCAGCCAUCUUGGCUCUAUGUUUUCAGUGCCCCUAUCACCAGAAACAGUAGAAGCAAGAUGUUUUGACUACUAGACUAGAUAAACAGGGGAAUUUGCAGAAAGAUGGAAAUGCCUUUAAAAGUGGCAGGUAGCCUUCUUGACAGAUGUGUUAAAAAAAAAAAAAAAGCUGUGUUCUGGUACUUUUCAUUUGUCUUGUCAUGUCUUUAUUAUGCAUCUCAUGUGACGCAUAAUUGUUAAUUUUUUAUGCUGUUUUAUUUAUUUAAAUUGCUCUGUAUUAAUUGGUAUUUGGUUUAUGAGACCAUGUGGGCCCACCACUUGGGCAAAAUUAUUUGAAACUUUGUAGGCAUGGAUGGAUUACUGAACAGGCCUACCAGGCACAGGCUUUGUGGCCGAAGGGAUAGGGGUGCCCUGGGUGAGAUCCUCUGUUUAAAGUGACUGAUACAAUUUCUUCAUGGAAAGUUAAUCAACUCAAAACAAAACGACCUCAAAGAGACUCAAAGUGACUUCAAAGAGAAGCAAAAUGACUACAAAGAGACUGAAAACUACUACAAGGAGACUCAAAACUACUACAAAGACACACAAAAGACUACAAUGAGACUCAAAAUGACUACAAAGAGAAGCAAUGCACAAAAAAGUACACAAAAUUGAGCCCAUUGUUUCAUAAUCCAUCCAUGUGUGUAGGUUUUUCAUUUUGUGGCUGACAUACAGUAGGGCUAUGACAAACAUCAAACCAAAAAUAUUCCCAUUUAUGGCUUGUUCCCUAUUUAAAAAAUCUUUAAAGUAACAGAAAACAAAAAUUUUACAAUAAAUGUCCAGCUAUUUGCAGACAAAUCUGUACACUCCUGUCACUGCUUUUGCCAAACUCACCAGCCAGAGAAGUGCAUCAGAUUUUCAUUAAGGGCUAUCAAGCUAAACGAAGACCCUUAGUAUUUGUGGAUUGGACGCUUCAAAAUGUGGUCAUAUGUACCAUGGUGUUUUAAAUCAUUGUCACAUUGCUGGGGUGAAGGGAGAAUAUUUAGGAGAAUAUUUUCUAUAACAAAGAACUUAAGACCUACAUUCUUUGUAUAGCUAUGAAUUCUUGACCCCUAAAACUCAUCUGAAUUGGCCAUGUAUGCAAGAUGUAGCCUGGUCUGCUACUUUAUUUAGUUCAACUAAGAUAUAUUUUGGUUCAUAUGGGCAGUAAAACCUUUCUUUAGCUUUGAUUAUCUUCACAUUAUUAUUGAGCACAGCAGAAAAAGUCUUUUGCGCACUUGAUAAAAUGCAGAUUUGGACAGUACUAGGUACUCACAGUCAAGCUGCAGUCCAUGCAGUAUUUGUUAUUUAAUUGUCAAAUGCAGUGUGUGAAAAUUAGAUAACAUAUUUUGAGGAUUAAUAAGCAUUAUACAUUGUAGCUUUUACAGCGUAUGCAGCCACGCUAACUGAACCUGAUAACUUGAACGGUCCCUGGCUGGUUAAAUAUGAAGUUUGGUUUGCACCAUGUUGUGCAUUGUGGGGACCGAAAAGGUUUGCAUACUCUGUUCAAAAUUAUUGUAUGUCGUCACAG